CUGUCAUCAAAUCCCCCCUCUCUCUCCUCCCUCGUCUUCACGCCCUAAAGCAAAGCAAAGCAAAGCAAAGCAACGCAGGGAUGCCGCCGUUCGCCAGCGCAGCCUCGAUCUUCUCCUCCGUGAACAACACCGCUGCCGAUCCCAGCAGCAACGUCGUCACUCUCAACGUCGGUGGCCAGAUCUUCCAGACCACCGCGCAGACCCUCUCCGUCGCCGGCUCUGGUUCCCUCCUCUCCUCUUUCGCCUCCUCCGCCUACGGCAGUGCUGCUUCUUCCAUCCCUUUCAUUGACCGCGACCCGGAGCUCUUUGCCUGCCUCCUCUCCCUCCUCCGCACGGGCCGCCUUCCUUCCCGCGCUGCUUCUGCUUUCGAUCCCGACGACCUCCUCGCCGAGGCCCGCUUCUACUCCCUCCAUCCGGUUCUUCUCUCAGCCCUUUCCCAUCCAUCCCUCUUUGACGCUUUCGCUCUCCGGCCCUCCCUCCUCCUCCCCCUUCCCGGCCGCGAUUCCCCUUCUGCCCUCGCCCCAGCCCCCGCCCCCGCCGCCGAUUCCGAUGUCUCCCUUUUUGUCGCCCACGGUGGCAAGGUAUCGUCUUUCGACCCUUCCCUCCGCCGCCGCGCGACUGCCCUCACCCCGCUCCCAGUCGUCGACUCCCUCCUGGCCCUCGGCCCCCUCGCCGCCGCCGGGGCCACAGACUUCCCAGGCCUCCACCUCCUUGACCUCCGACGAACCGGAAGUCCCGUCAGCCACGUCCUCCAGUGGUCUCCUCAUCAAUUCGCCCCUGCGUCUGCCGUCCAGGCCAUCGGUUCCUCUUCCGACCAUCUAUUCUGCAGCUACGAGUCAUGCCGGAGGAACGCCAACGCCAUCCUCGCCUACGACCUCGCCACACUCCAGCCGGUCACCGAGAUCGCCCGUCGCGAGAUCUACGGGGCCGAGCUGGACUCCGCAAUUCCUGCCACGAAGCUGCAGUGGGUUCCCGGAUUGAACUUGCUCAUGGCCGCUGGAUCCCACAGCGGCCCUUCGGGCCUCUCCGGUGACAUCCGGCUCUGGGACUUGAGGUCGGCGGAAGCAGUCUGGCAUGGUAAAGAGAAAGCUGACUGCUUUGCAGACAUCACAGUCUCUGAUAGCCUUUCGGCAAUGUUCAAAGUGGGGAUCAACUCAGGCGAAGUUCUGAUGGCGGAUAUCCGGAAUCUGAGCUCCGAGAAUCCCUGGACUUGCAUUGGAUCCGGCUCUAAUUUGGGAACUGGGAAGAAGGAAGGAAGUGGAUGCCGGAUCGAGAGCUACGGAAGGCAUGUGUUCUGCAGCAGAGGCGCCGAUGUGGAGAUGUGGACGGAAGUGUUGAUGGGAUCUUUGACGACAAAGAUUGAAGAUGGACUGGAGGGUGAGAGAGUGAUCAAGAGGAACAUGAUGGGCGGCUCAAAGGUAGCUGAAGGGAAGAAGAUAAACCUUCUGGGAUUCGGAGGCAACAGAAUGGUGGUGGCAAGGAAGGCUGAGCAGUGUGUGGAAGUCUGGGAAACCUCAGCCAGGGUUUGACUAGCUAGCUACCUUCUUAGGUAAUUUCUAAUUCUUUCCAAUGUGUUAAUUCUUGUUCAUAGCAUAGCUUGUAACCUUUACUCAGGUAGUAGAUUGAUUUUGAUGAAUUAUGAGUAAUUUAAUGGAAUGUACUUUUACAGUGUCGACUUAAUAGAUAAUAUGUAUGCUAUAAGCAUUUGCCAUCA